AAAUAUACGUAACUAAUGCUUCUUACAUAUAUAUAACGUUUGCUUGGCUACUACGUCUAUAGAGUCUAAGCUCUCUCUCCAUAGCAGUCUCAAUCUACUGAAUCUCGGCUGCUUCGGCUUUCACAUUGUGCGAGUUUUUGCUCUCUUAUUUUUGCUGCAAAAUAUCUGAGCAUGUUGCGGAACGUGAUGCCGUGGAACAGAAGCAAUCAAAAUGUAGCUGAAUUGUUAAUGAGGCAUUUCGCAACGAAACCUAAACCUAAGAUGAAACCCAUCGAGCUGAACACACCACCAGAGCAAACCCAGACGAUCACCCGAGUCAUCUUUGAUGUUUUGAAGGAACAUGGACCUCUCACCAUUGCUGAGACUUGGGAUCGCGUCAAGGAAGUGGGACUAAGAGGGUUAACGAGCAAGCGUCACAUGAAGAUAAUACUAAGGUGGAUGAGAGAGAGACAGAAGCUGAAGUUAAUAUGUAACCAUGUUGGUCCUCACAAGCAGUUUUUGUACACUACUUGGUUCACUAAACACAACCCUUGUAAACUCAACAACAAGCUGCCGGAUAAUCUCACCGGAAAACCUUCCGGCCACCCUAAACUUCCAUGAGCCAAGCCCCCUUCCCAUGCAAGAGCAGAGUCAUCCAGAAGAAUAAAGGCUGCAAUAAAUGUCAGAAGACAUGGCAGAAACUAAUCUAUAACGCUUUAGUUCAAAGACUAUUUUUAUUCACUUUACUGUAACUGUAUGAUGACAUGAUAAAGGGUUUUAUGACAAGUGGUAUUAGCCU